AUUUAAAGUGUUAAGUUUGUAACAAGGCUUGGGAAAAUUAACUAAGUACAAAGACUUAAAAAAGUAUAAAUAAAUCAUGGAGGCUGUUUUGUAUCAUAGAAAGAUAUCGUACGAACAAUCGGAAAGUUACAGUGAUACAAAUUUACAAUAUGCCGGAUGGCCACCACUGACGGCCCCUGCAAUCAACGUUAAAAAACCAAAGUUUCCACAGUAUGCUGCGUACGCAAAAAGGUUGGAAUCUUUCGAUGCCUGGUCAGAAUAUAUUCCUGUGAAGAAGGAUGACAUGGUCGAAGCAGGACUUGUAUAUACAGGAGUUGGCGACAGUGUACGAUGUUACUUCUGUGGCGGUGGACUGAGGAACUGGGAACAGGAUGAUGUACCAAUGGAGGAGCAUGCCAAGUGGUAUCCAGAGUGCCCACACGUACUGUCAGUAAAGGGCCAUGAUUACGUUACGAAAGUCAAACGUCGGGAAAAACCAAGGUUACCGAAUGGUGCAACUACAAAAGGACUGGAACACAUUGAAAGCGUUGCUGCACAGGUCUGCAUUGCAUGGGAUUUUUCUAAAGAGAUGGUCAUGAAGGCAAUAGAUAUUUACUUUGAACAACAUGGUAACUGUGAUUUCAAGGCUAACGACUUGCUUUUAAUCUUGUUUGAGAUUGAAGAAGAGUCUGAAAUCGGGUCUGAUAUUUACACAUAUGUAAAGGCAGCCAACACGAGGGAAGACAGUCAAAGGCACACAACAUAUGUACGAGGUUUAUAUACUGCAGUCCAAAAACAAGAUUGGAUUGUAAGAGACAAAAAUAAGAGAUCGUCUGGUACUUCAGCCUGGGCGGCUUCGCUCAUCAAAAAGCUGAUGACCGUUUUAGAUGACACGCUAAAGACGGCAACAGACAUCAUGUCCUUACUAGUCAAACGAUGUCCUCAGUUGUUCCCUGACUUGACGAGGGAACCAACUGAACGGGAUCUUGUAACUUUUGCCGAGGCUAUAGGAGGAAACUUUCGGUUUCUUGGACUUGAUCUAGGUUUAAGUGAUGCAAAACUUGAUCAGAUAUCGUUAGACAACCCAACAACCGUGAUGAAGACGUAUAGUAUGUUGAGAGAGUGGAGUGGAAAAAACCCGCUGAAAGCUACCGUGAGUUCGUUAAUACAGACAAUGAAGAGUUGCCGCAGUGUGAAAAUAGACUGGAACCAAAUUGGAAAAGUAUGCAUGGGUUCCUGAUACCUAUAUUGUAAAUUGUGGACUGCUCAUAUUAUUAACGAACCUGACUGCCCACCACUAAUUGAUUCACUGUGAUUGAAUAACGGACUGCAUACGGAUAUUUCUCUAUAAUUUACUUUGACAUAUGAAUAUUAUUAUAUUUGAAAGCAGUGUAACUUAAUUCGUGGAAUAUAUGAUGUUCAAAGUACAAAUAAAAUACAGGACAUAUUAUAUAUUAUGUGUAUACAUAGCUUGUAAUGUUUUAAAGGGACUUUGUAGUACACUACAUACGUUCCACUACUGAGCUGGUAAGAUUUAAGCCAGCAGAAUCACCUCCACAAGAGACGAUGUCAACAAAUGCUACCAGCUCUUUUUUAAUGUUUUUAAGCCAUCAAAAUGGUGUGUUUGUGUUGCACAGAUUUAUCUAAAGUGAAAUGAAAAUGCCUUUUUACAAAAGAAAAUUGUAAGGAUCAUUUAGGUUUUUAAUUAUAUUUAUACUCUCAGCAACAUAACGUCAUAUUGAAAAUUUAGCAAUCAUAUUCAUUAGCAGAUGUUUAUUAUUAUACUCACGUUUUUGCUGUAUAUGAUAAUUUCAAGGGCUUAAUAUAAUGCACAGUCACGGGGCAUUUUCGUAUUUAAAAAGACACUUAACUAUUAAAUUCAGUGGAGCUAAUUAAACUAGGUCAGUGCCAGUCCAAAUACUCGAACACAUUCUUGAGCCUACAUGUAUAGUUUAUAUAUUACAUGUAUAACUAAAACAUAGAAUUGGUCUUAUUUACUAACUGCAUUUGAAAUUGCGGUCCAAUGUUUUUCUCAGCCAUAAAAAACUAGAAUGUACACGUGACUUAAAUUUCUGUACGUCAAGUAGACGUGCAUGUGCAUUUGGAGCCAGUGUUGUAAUCCAUUCUAUACAAAAUUCACUGCAUACAUUUACAAAACAUUAAUGUUAUUACAUGUUGAAGUCAAAUCCUCAUGAACAAUCAUUUGUUUUAAUGAUUUCUCGGCUUUUUACUGCCUCAGAACCGACUCGGUGUUUUUACAUUCAAUAGUUCAUUGAAACGUCAAAAUAAAAUAGAAAAAGGAGAAACUCCUCAGGUCGCCCCAGCACGACAAAAAAUAAACGUUUUAUACUCGGUCUGGUUGAGCCUGUUCGUAGAUGGUAGUAAAAUACAUGCUACCGUCCACGCUGUCUAGCUCCGGGUUGUGCAGAACUGAACAUAUUACAAGUACUAAAAUACCAUUUAGAGACAUCUACAGAUGUCAGACAUCAUCUAUCUAUUUUGGAGAGACACCAGAGUAUUAUACUGGACUCAUGCAUAAUCUUUUAAAAUUCAAUAUUUCUUAAAAUUGAUUGAUUAAUCUUUAAUUUUUAAUCACCACUGUAUUUAUCAAUUUAAUUGUUGUAGUCAUGUACAUGUAUCUAUUUAUACAUUUAUGAACAUGCUGAUAUAAAAAAUAUGUAGAAAUAAAUUGAUCUGUCUAUAUUAUGUUAUGGUGGUUCAGUAAUAGAAGAAAGAUCUGAUAUUUAUGUCGCAUUUGUACAUAGUUCUAUUAAAAUAAAGACAACUAUGUAUAAUAUUUAAGUAGAAUAAAGGUUUAGCUUGAACAUAA